AUGCAAAAGGAGGAAAAACAAAAACCAGAGCACGAAGAGUACCAAAAAGAAAAACCCGAGUUCCCCAAGUUGGAAAAGCCUAAAGAGCACGAGAAACACGAAGUCGAAUAUCCGAAAAUACCCGAGUACAAGGAAAAGCAAGAUGAGGGUAAGGAACAUAAACAUGAAGAGUACCACGAAUCACGCGAAUCGAAGGAGCACAAAGAGUACGAGAAAGAAAAACCCGAGUUCCCCAAAUUGGAAAAGCCUAAAGAGCACGAGAAACACGAAGUCGAAUAUCCGGAAAUACCCGAGUACAAGGAAAAGCAAGAUGAGGGUAAGGAACAUAAACAUGAGGAGUGCCACGAGUCACACGAAUCGAAGGAGCACGAAGAGUACGAGAAAGAAAAACCCAAUUUCCCCAAAGGGGAAAAGCCCAAAGAGCACGAGAAACAUGAAGUCGAAUAUCCGAAAAUACCCGAGUACAAGGAAAAACAAGAUGAGGGCAAGGAACAUAAACAUGAGGAGUGCCACGAGUCACACGAAUCGAAGGAGCACGAAGAGUACGAGAAAGAAAAACCCAAUUUCCCCAAAGGGGAAAAGCCUAAAGAGCACGAGAAACACGAAGUCGAAUAUCCGAAAAUACCCGAGUACAAGGAAAAACAAGAUGAGGGUAAGGAACAUAAACAUGAGUUCCAAAAGCAUGGAAAAGAAGAGGAAAAAAAACCUGAGAAAAAGGCAGAGUACUCUGAGUGGGUUAAAAUGCCUGAGUGGCCAAAGUCCAUGUUUACUCAAUCUGGCUCGGGCACUAAGCCUUGA